AAGCUUCAUGGAGCUAUGCCGAAUCGGAGCUCCGACAUCAACCUCCAUGAACAAUCGUGAACUCUCUACAAUUGUCUUCUCAACAUAAACUUUUGAGAAACAGUCUGGGAAAAUGUUUCGCUUCCAUAAGACACUCGAUAUCGUGACAGUCUUCCACAAGGCCAGCUCUCCGGCAUCCGUCAGAGUCGCCAACCUUUUGAAGCAGGUCUCUGCCAAUGCCACUUCUGGCGCUACUCUUGACCAAGCGAGUGACCACUCUGCCCAGACGGCACCUAUUCGAGACCAGUUUGAGCUCAACAUCACCGAAGAUCCUCCUACAGACGACCAGGUGAAGACAAUUCUGGAAUAUGUUGGAAGCAACGGGAUCCCCAACGUGAUCAAGGGCGCAAACAACGAGAAGGAGGCUCUCAGGAAGUUCAAGGAAAGCAAAGAGAACUUCAUUCGACCAGUGGUUGUGGAUUGGAAUAAUGGCAAGGCCAUUGCGGGCGACAACGAGUCUGAGAUCCUCAAGCUUCUGAAAGCACAGAAGUAACGUCUCUAAAACUGUCAACGAACUAUCGCAUAACCCCUCUCUGUAUAUACUAUGUCAAUGAUUGACACCAUCUGACGAUCAGCCAUAUUAGCAUGCUGUAUUAGUGACCCAUCAUGAACCGACGAUAGUAGGUUGACAAACGCUCGAUUUUCUUUUCGAAAUGCCACAAGACAUUCCCUUCUGUACGAUUGCCAGUCGACCCACAACAAGGCCCGUUGUGAACAAUACCAAAGUUUGGCGUCCAAAUUUACCAGACGUGAACUGUAUGCCACCAAAGGGCACUGGCAUUAGCCUCGUCUGAUCGAAUGGAAUUGUUCCUGAACUAAGCAAGAAACGAGUUCUCCGACAGAUAUUUCACAAUCUACCUAUACCAGAGUGGCCGUUUGUGUGGAGCGAGAAUCAGCAAGCACCCGCGUUGAGCUGCAAGACGCUUGGGCGACUGCAUUGUUGACACGUUGAGUACCUUGAGCAAAAUUAAUCUUGCUAUUAUCUAUAUAACUGCCGGCAAGCCCAAGGUUAAUUGUGACCAAAGUCUAUUACGCUCCAUUGUAGGCGAGCUGGCAAUCAGGCUGGGAGCCGUUCAGGAUGGUUUCCUUACCUUUGUUUGACUUUGACAGUUUGCACUCCUCGAGUCACAAGCAAGCACUGCAAAGGCAUAACUGUUGGUGAAU